AUGUCGCGUCCGUUCAGGCAUUUGCAGAACGCUAGCACGCGGCAAUUGGUGCUGGCUUUGGGCGGUGGGUCGUCUGUGAUUGUUGGGUAUCGAUUAUGGUCGCAUCGCAAGCCGAUCCUGCUGGACAGCGGCCACGAGACAUCAGACUGGGGCGCGCAGCUGCCAGUGAACUCCAACAGUCUCACACAAAGAUUCAGGAACUCGUCUAAGAUCCAGGCCGGAGAUAUCAAGGGACGCGAAGGCGAAGAGCCGACCGAGCAAGCUCCUCCAUCUCAGACCAAAGGACAUGAUGCCGACAAUGCGGCUGGAGAAGCAUCCGCUUGGAGCGUGGCGACAUCGAACGUGUACCAGGUCUGCGGCUCGAUAUCAGGAUUCGAUAGGUCGUCCCUAGGUGCCAGGAUCACCAGUUUCGUGGUUCCAAAGUGGCUGCAGACUCUGCCGAACGUAUUGACCAAGAUCCAAAAUGAACUUUCAAUGGCGCCCUGGUCGCUCAGCUGGGAGAUAUGGCAGGAAGCGCACGACCCUCAAAUCAACCCGGAAAUUCUAUGGGAUGCCAAAGUCAGAGUCUCGGAAGAGCUCUGCCGCGAGGAGAAGGAUUUCUUGCAGAAGCGCAAGCAGAACACAGUCAGAGCGUUGGCUCGUUACUUGGGCGUAGCUGAGAAAGACGUGCACCCGGACGACGUACCCACGAUUGCCAUUUGUGGAUCUGGCGGAGGUCUCCGCGCGCUGGUAGCAGGCACAUCUUCUUACCUUUCCGCGCAUGAGUCUGGCUUGUUCGACUGUGUCACCUACACUGCCGGUGUCAGUGGAGGCUGCUGGCUGCAAACACUGUACUACUCCUCAAUCGGCAAGCUCAGUCAUCAGAACAUGAUCGAUCAUCUGAAGCAACGGAUUGGUGUACACAUUGCAUACCCACCAGCUGCCCUAGACCUGCUCAGUCAGGCACCGACCAAUAAGUUCCUGCUGAGUGGAUUUGUGGAGAAGUUAAAAGGUGUUCCUGAUGCGGACUUUGGAAUUGUGGACGUCUAUGGUCUGUUACUUGCUGCUAGACUUAUGGUGCCGAAGGGCGAGUUGAGACUCAGCGAUUAUGACUUGAAGAUCUCCAAUCAGCGAUACUACACCGAUGAUGGAGCCCAGCCGUUACCCAUCUACACGGCCGUGCGCCACGAGAUACCAAACCCGCCCAAGGACAUGGCUGAUGUGCCUAAAGACUCUCGCUUCACGACAAAACAUCACGAUUGGUUUCAGUGGUUCGAGUGGACGCCGUAUGAGUUCUUCUGUGAGGAGCUCAACGCUGGCAUCCCGACAUGGGCAAUGGGCCGCAGAUUCUUCGAUGGGCAGAAUGAAAUGCGAGAGAACGGCAUGGCGCUUCCUGAACUGCGAGUUCCGCUCAUGCUGGGCAUCUGGGGCAGUGCUUUUUGCGCGACCCUAUCGCACUACUACAGAGAGAUCAAGCCGCUGAUUAGAGCAGCUGGUCUGGCAUCAUUGGACACGACUCUAUCGCAGAAAGACCAAGACAUGGUCAAGGUGCACCCCAUCGACCCGGCAGUCAUACCGAACUUCGUGCUCGGCAUGCGCGAUCGUCUUCCGGGCACCGUACCAGAGACUGUGCACGAUGCGCCGAUCCUGCAACUGAUGGAUGCAGGCAUGUCGAAUAACCUACCCAUCUACCCGCUGCUCAGGCCGGGACGCAACGUUGAUGUUGUGAUUGCUUUCGAUGCUUCGGCCGAUGUCAAGACCGACAACUGGAUCAAAGUUGUUGACGGCUAUGUACGACAACGAGGCAUUCGAGGCUGGCCUAUGGGUGCUGGCUGGCCGCCCGCUGGCGAAUCUUCCGAAGAAAUUACUCAGGACAUGGAGCUCGCUAAGGCGGCGUCUAUCGCACACACGCCUAAGACAGUCAACGAAAUCGCUGGGGGUCAAACUGGCAGCAUGGAAGAUUUAGGCCAUUGCACUGUUUGGGUAGGCACGAACAAGCCAAGCGAAGAGUUCAUGGACGAACCGCCUACAAGAAGACUGAAGCAUGAUGUUUCUGAUGACUACCAUUUGACGAAUCCAGAAGCUGGUGUUGCGCUGAUCUACUUCCCAUUCCUCAAGAAUGACAAGGUACCCGGCGUUGAUCCAAAGAAGUCCGACUUCAUGUCAACCUGGAACUUUGUCUACACGGCAGAGGAAAUUGACAAAGUCGUCAACCUUGCACGAGCCAACUUCGACGAAGGCAAAGAACAGACCAAGAGGACUAUCCGAGCGGUCUGGCAGAGGAAGAAAGCAGCGCGUCUGCGAAGAGAGAAAGAAGAACGCGAGGUGCAGCGUCUGAUCAGAGUGCAGUCCGGCUAUGCUGCAUCGCGGCGAAACGCAGAUGUCGGUCAAGGUGACCAAUUUGGCGGCGUAUGA